UGUAUUUUUAUUCUAUACUUCGUUAACUUUUCCUUAGACAGCUCCGCCCCCUGCAGACUACAAAAGCACUUCAUCGCCCAUUUCUCUGUUUCAAUCCCUGCCCAUCUACAUUACAAGGCAAUGGCUACUUUCUCAUAUACAGCCCUAUAUCCUAUAAGGUGCUCUUCCAAUAGAGACAAUCAUCAUGAGCACAAGCAAAAGCUGAAUAACAUCAGAAUUAUUGGUGCAUCUGGUAGGUCCUCUACCAAGGCUGAUACACUGAGCCAAACGGCUGGAGUGGCAAGCACAUUCAAUUCAAUUACUAAUCCUGUUGUAGAAAAUGGCUGCAUCGCCAAAGAAGAGCUUCGCCAAAAUAUUCCGACGAAGAAGCAAUCCAUGGAUUCUCACCGUCAAGGGAUCGUCAUUGAAGGAGGUCUCGGGUACAGGCAGACUGUUGUCAUUAGGUCCUAUGAAGUUGGUCCUGAUAAAACUGCAACUCUUGAGAGCAUCCUGAAUCUUCUUCAGGAAACAGCAUUAAACCAUGUGUGGAUGUCUGGGCUUCUGGGCAAUGGAUUUGGUGCCACACACGGAAUGGUUAGGAACAAUCUCAUAUGGGUUGUCUCAAGGAUGCAGGUUCAAAUCGAUCACUACCCAAUCUGGGGAGAGAUUGUGGAAAUCGACACUUGGGUUGGAGCAUCAGGGAAAAAUGGGAUGCGGCGGGAUUGGCUAGUCCGAAGUCAAGCCACGGGCCAUGUUUUUGCACGUGCCACCAGCACCUGGGUGAUGAUGAACCAGCAAACAAGGCGCCUCUCAAAGAUGCCAGAAGAGGUGAGGGCUGAAAUAUCACCCUGGUUCAUGGAGAAGCAAGCAAUCAAAGAAGAGAGUCCAGAGAAAAUCGUUAAGUUGGACAGUAAAGCAAGACAUAUGAACUCCAAUUUGAAGCCCAAGAGAAGCGAUUUGGACAUGAAUCACCAUGUAAACAAUGUGAAGUAUCUCAGAUGGAUGCUUGAGACCAUUCCGAAUGAGGUUUUGGAGUGUCACCAACUAUCCAGUAUCAUACUAGAGUAUAGAAAGGAAUGUGGGAGUUCAGACAUAGUUCAGUCACUUUGUCAACCCGAAGAAGACGGAAUUUUGAAAGACGGAUUGAGACAAAAUAAUGACAUUAGUCUACUCAAUGGAUUUUCUCUGGCAUCCGAAAUUCUUGAAGGUGGUGGACUCCUGGGCUCGUUUGAGAAGGUACCAUUAAGGUAUACACAUCUCCUCCAAACUGAAGGUGAGCGUCACAAUGAAGAGAUCGUUAGAGGAAGAACCACAUGGAAUAGAAAGAUGUCCAUCAUGCCUUUCUCCACCUAGCAAUCAUGUUAAACUAUUGAAAGGGAUUUAAAAAGCUUAUCCCCUGUGAACAAAAAUUGAGACGUUCCGGCACAAAAUAAAUA